AUGAAAACCGACAUGCCGGACGUUAAGCGAGGAGAGGUUAAAGUCGAUGAUCGCGGCGGAGCUUCGAAGCAAGCUCCGAAGCACGGUGAACAGGACUGCCCUAGUGAAAACGAGUCGUUGGAGUACGAGGAGGACGUUUAUUAUUCGAACGUGACCGCGACGCCAAGUUUCGACGACAUAGACCAGCUGAGCGACGACGCGGGAGAGAUCGUCGUUCACUGUUGGCGGGAUUCGAACGGCGACAUUGACGAGAUCGUGGUGGACGACGCGAAUUUCUCAGUGGAAACGCAGUUCCUGAUGCCAGAGACCGAGGAGGGUGCCGCCGGCGGCUCGAGGAAGAAGAAAAAGUCGGUUCGCGUGAUAUUCCAGGACUUCUCGAAACCGUACCUGGCCAAGAUCAGCAGCAGCCAGAAUUACAAGAAAUUCCUCGAAUUGGUAAAAGGAGAAGACGCUUCUCUUCACUCGGCCGGUUACAUCUCGCCAACGUCGGAUAACGUGGUGAAUGAGUUGCAAGGACUUUCUUUGGAGGAGCAAGAUCGUCAGAAGGCAGAAUGGAGCGCGGAACUCGCCAAGGUGGAGGAAGAGAUUCAAACGUUGAGGCACGUGCUGGCGAACAAGAUCAGAGUGUCUCAAGAGCUGAAGAGGAAGCUGGGCAUCAGCGUUUGGAAGGAGAUCACCGACGACAUGAAUCAGGGCUUGAAAAACGUUAAGGAGAGCCAAGUACAUGUAGAACACUUUUCUUUGACUUUUGGUUGGGUUCUCAUUCAGUUAUCAGAACGUCGGCGAGAAACUCGGUCAGUUCACCAAGGCGGUCACCGAGAACACUUUGUAAGUACACAAGCAAUCGUGUUAUCCUUUCAGAUCCAACAUUUCUUCCAUCAACUAUUCCAGAAGACAGAGUCCGUGUUCAAGACCACGGCUGAGAAGACGACCAGCAUCCUCGGCGGCUUUGGCAGCGGACUGUCCAUGAAACUCGGCCAGAUGCGCAACUCCGACAGUUUUCGUUCCUUGGAGGAACGUGUUGGAUCUGCCUACGAGAACAUGAAGACGAAAGUCGUGCCUUCGAGGUCCAGCUCGAUGCAGAGCUUCAACGAGAUGCUUCGAGAGACCGAGUCGUUACGCUCGGCGCCGAUAGCCACCAGCCCGACCAUCCCCGAGGACAAGCUUCUGUCUUAG